AUGUCGAGGUCUUCUUCCGGAGUUUUUCUAUUUAUAUUAUCUAUAAUCUGGUAUGAAUUAAGACAAAAAAAAGAAAAAAAUAAAAUAAAAAAAAUCCUUUGCAGCAAUGAGUACGACGUCUUCUUCAGAUUGCCCAGCAGCAGCUGCGCUAGAAAUUUGUCAGAAAAGCCUUCAAACGGCGAAAAGAAUACAAUAGUUGGAAGCCCCUUAGAAGAGGAAAGUACCACGGAGCAUGGAAACAGCACAAAUUUUAGAGGAUCUUCCUCAGGCUCCAACAAUGCAGAACUUCCUUAUUCUAGUGGAAGUGUAUCCAAUUCGAGGCAUGUCGAACGUUUUGGCCUUGAAGACAGAUUAAUGAAGGAGUGGAACGAUCUAUCCCUCAUCGAAAUAGAAAAUUGGUAUCAUGUAAUGGCAGGAGCUGUGGAUACAUUAAGCACAGAAUACGAAUCAUCUUCCAACACUGUGGACGAUAAGGGAAAUAGUUGGUCCGAAUUAAUCAAAAUGUUAACAGCUUUCCGACAAGCAGAAAUUAAGGAGAACAAUGCCAUUUUUGCAAAAUUUUUGGAUUACUUGCGAGAAAACAGGCAAAACGAACCCAGUGAUACUUUAACUGAAGAAGAACAAAACAUCUGGAAUGAAAUCAAACAGUUAAAGCAAGAAAAAGAUGCUAUGUGGAGAAAAUACCACGAGGAAACUUGGAAGUAUUGGUUCCAGAAGGAAUUCCCCACCGUGAAUCAGAUAAAGAAUGAAUAA